AUGUCCCUGGCUGCUUAUUGUGUCAUCUGUUGCAGAAGAAUAGGAACCUCUACUGCCCCGCCAAAAAAGGACACAUACUGGAGAGAUAUCAGAAAUAUAAUAAAAUUUACUGGAUCACUUCUUUUAGGAGGUUCUUUAUUUCUUACAUAUGAAGUUCUGGCCCUGAAGAAAUCUUUGACAUUAGAUACUCAAGUGGUAGAAAGAGAAAAAAUGAAGUCAUAUAUAUAUCUCCACACAGUUUCUUUAGAUAAAAGAGAAAAUCACGGGAUUGUCUACCAGGCAAGAAAAGAACUUCACAAAGCAGUAAGAAAAGUUUUGGCAACAUCAGCUAAGAUAUUACGGAAUCCAUUUGCCGACCCUUUUAGUACAGUUGAUAUAGAAGAUUAUGAGUGUGCCAUGUGGCUGCUGCUGAAGAAGAGCAGGUCAGAGGACAAAACCGAGCGGUUGGAGGCUGUGCAGGAAAUGUCAGAGACCCACCACUGGCAUGAUUACCAGUAUAGGAUAAUUGCUCAAGCCUGUGAUCCAAGAGUUCUUAUUGGUUUGGCACGAAGCAAAGAGAGUGAUCUUCGCUUUUUUCUCCCCCCACCUCCUCUGCCAUCUUUAAAAGAAGAUUCUUCUAUUGAAGAAGAGCUCCGACAGUUGCUGUCUUCUUUACCCCAGACGGAGCUAGAUGAGUGUACCCAGUAUUUUACAUCCUUGGCUCUUAAUGAAAGUAGUCAAAGUCUAGCUGCUCAGAAGGGUGGCUUAUGGUGUUUCGGAGGAAAUGGACUUCCUUAUGCUGAAAGUUUUGGAGAAGUUCCUUCAGCUACAGUGGAAAUGUUCUGUUUAGAAGCUAUAGUAAAACAUUCUGAGAUAUCCAUGCAUUGUGAUAAAAUCGAAGCAAAUGGAGGCUUGCAACUACUUCAGAGGCUGUACCAGCUUCACAAGGACUGCCCUAAAGUACAGAGAAAUAUAAUGCGUAUCAUUGGAAAUAUGGCUGUGAAUGAACAUCUUCAUUCUCCUAUAGUUCGCUCAGGCUGGGUUUCCAUCAUGGCAGAAGCAAUGAAAUCUCACCACAUUAUGAAGGCUUCACAUGCUGCCAGAAUCUUGGCUAAUCUAGACCGAGAAACUGUGCAAGAAAAAUAUCAGGAUGGGGUGUAUGUGCUACACCCCCAGCAUCGAACAAGUCAGCCCAUUAAAGCAGAUGUCCUUUUUAUCCAUGGCCUUAUGGGAGCAGCAUUCAAGACAUGGCGCCAGCAGGACAGUGAGCAGGUUGUGAUUGAAAAGGCUUUAGAGGAUGAAGACAGGUAUACAACGUGUUGGCCCAAGACAUGGUUAGCAAGAGACUGUCCUGCUCUCCGGAUUAUAUCUGUGGAGUAUGACACCACCCUCAGUGACUGGAGAGCAAGGUGCCCCAUGGAAAGAAAAUCCAUUGCAUUCAGAAGCAACGAACUUCUUAGGAAGCUCAGAGCUGCUGGUGUGGGGGAUAGGCCAAUGAUUUGGAUAUCACAUAGCAUGGGAGGUCUUCUUGUCAAAAAGAUGCUGUUGGAAGCCUCUAAGAAGCCAGAAAUGAGUACUGUUAUAAACAAUACCAGAGGAAUAAUUUUUUAUAGUGUCCCUCAUCAUGGAUCACAUUUGGCUGAAUACUCUGUUAACAUUCGCUAUCUUCUCUUUCCUUCGUUGGAAGUCAAAGAACUCAGCAAGGAUUCGCCUGCACUUAAAACACUACAGGAUGACUUUCUGGAGUUUGCGAAAGACAAAAACUUCCAGGUGCUGAAUUUUGUAGAAACACUACCAACCUAUAUUGGGAGCAUGAUUAAACUCCAUGUGGUGACCGUGGAAUCAGCAGAUUUAGGCAUCGGAGAUCUAAUUCCUGUGGAUGUUAACCAUUUGAAUAUUUGUAAGCCAAAGAAAAAGGAUGCUUUUUUAUAUCAACGUACUUUACGAUUCAUCCGUGAAACUUUAGCCAAAGACCUUGAAAACUAACAUUUGUCUUCCAUUUUUCAUAUGCGAAGUCAGUGCAAGAAA